CACUUGCGGCAGUGUCAAGCAGACGUGGGUGACAUGCCAAAAUCAUUCGUCGAGUGUGAAGUCACCGUGGUAUAACCCAAUCUGUCAUUAUCUCUUCUUUGCAUCUGAUAGUACCUGUUCCUGUACCUGUCCCUGUCCUCCUGUCCUUGCCACCACACUCUAACGACCCAAUACCUGCUUCCACUCUUCGAUUCACCCUGUGGUAUUGUCCGAGACAGCAUGUCAGAACCGGUGCAGACUGUUGUCACGGUGCCCCCUCCCGCCAAAUGUGCCUCUGGUCCACCGAGCCCAAGUGAGGCAACGUUGACAGAGAAGACCUUCGCAAACAGUCUUUCUGAAAAGGUGGAAGAGUCACGGUAUCCGGCAGACAACGGAUCGUUUGAUCUGGAAUCCCAAGUCCACAAAAAGAGAUUUGCUGUGAUUCGUUAUGCCUUUCUCAACAUCUAUCGCCGCCUCUUCACCAUCGUCUUUCUCGCCAAUAUUGCCGUUUUUGUGGCUGUUCUGGUGACCGAGCGGACGAUGUUAGCACUCGUGAAUGCUACCGCAGGUAACCUGCUUGCAUGUGGCCUUGCCCGACAGCCUCUGGUUGUGAACACCAUCUUCGUUUCCGUAUGCUCAAUACCGAGAUCAGCGCCGAUGUGGAUGCGGCGACUGGCAGCCAAGGUAUACCACUACGGGGGCGUCCAUAGCGGGUGUGGCAUAGCCGCAUUCGUGUGGUAUGUGGGUUUUGUGGGUGUCAUGUCUCAGGAGUAUUGGUCGGGCCAGUCCGCCCUCUCCCUGGCCCCAAUAAUCCUGGCGUACAUUAUUCUCGCCCUGCUGCUCGCGAUUAUCAUAGUCGCUCACCCCAAGUUCCGGGCCAAGAAGCAUGACUACUUCGAGCUCACCCACCGCUUCUCCGGAUGGCUGGUCGUGGCGCUCUUCGUCAUCCUGCUCAUGAUCUUUGCCGAUCAGGCCAGCGCAGCAUAUAAUGAAUCGCUUGGUCGUUUCCUGCUCAAGCUUCCGGCCUUCUGGUUCUUGAUGGUGACUGUGGUCGCCAUCAUCCACCCUUGGGUCUUCCUGCGCAAAGUCAAAGUCCAACCCGAAUACCUCUCAUCCCAUGCAGUAAGGCUCCAUUUCAACCACACGACCACGACGUUCGGAAAGGGUAUCCAGUUAACUCGACACCCACUUCAGGACUGGCAUGGGUUUGCCACGUUCCCCGAUCCCGAGGGUAAAAGCUUCUCUGCUCUGGUCUCUAAAGCCGGAGACUGGACAUCAGCCUGCAUCCAAGACCAGCCAACACAUCUGUGGAAGAGGGGUGUACUUACCUAUGGCUUUGCGUAUGCAAUGAGAGUAUUCAAAAGAGUGGUAGUCGUCACGACAGGCUCUGGCAUUGGACCCUGCCUAUCAUUUCUGGGAGAUGCCAAUCGCCCCGAGUUGCGUGUGAUCUGGCAAACCCGCGCUCCUCUAAAGACGUACGGGCAGGAAAUCAUGAACCUUGUAUCUGAAAUGGACCGGAACCCCGUGGUGAUCGACACGAAUCAAUCCGGACGAGUGGACAUGGUUCCGAUCAUUCGACAGCUCGUGAAGGAUUUCGAUGCGGAAGCUGUGUGCGUGAUCAGUAAUCCGUUGAUGACCAAGAAAGUAGUGUAUGAGCUGGAAUCACAUGGGAUUCCGGCAUAUGGACCUAUAUUCGAUUCAUGAUCUCGGAGUUUUGUAUGUGUUUUUUGUUUUGUGUUCUGAUGUGAAAAUGUUCCGGUGUUGGAGUUGGUUGGAGUUUGGAAAGGAUGGGCCCGGUUUGGGGGAGUUAGUGAGGCGUCACGAGUAAAGAACAGGUCAGGAAAGGGAAGAGGGCGAUUCCACACUUUGUAUAUGGGGAUUUCUGGAUGUCACCGACUGGCCCAAGUGUUAUUAGUACUACGGGAAAUAAUCCGAUGCAAACAUUCGACUUUUGAGGCGUGCCAACCAUUGUUCGGGGCGUAUGUGCAGGGCCGAUCUGCAGGGGGCCUUGUGUAGCCAGCCGCUGGGUACUUGCAGCACCAUCUCAAAUUCCAUAUACAUGGUCUGUCCAGUGCGACAGC